GGUGCACCACAAAGGUUAUAUACGAAAAACAAAGACAUUCAAAUAUACAAUAAGGCAACAAGGUUAACAGAGAAAUACGUAGUUAAACAGAAACAAUGGCACUAAUACAUGAAAUAAACUCAUGAGAAGGAGCGAAAAUGACAAUGUCAUGAUGUUGUGACGCAGAGUUCAAGAUUAGUUGUAAACGAUUCAUUGGAUGAAGCUUUGCAAAAGAGUGAGGAUAAAAAAAACACAUUUAACAUGAGAAGGAGCAAGUGGGGGGUGUUGUCGUUUCAAGUAGCCUGCAGAGUAGACUUUUUUUUAAACACUUUUCUGGUGUAAUUGACUUGUCCCAUGGCGCACACCGUUUUGGUGCUGCCUUUACACCCGAAUCGAGGAAACAAGAGAAGUAAUAUCUGGAUGACUCGAAAGUGGUAGCAUACGUAAGCGUUUUAAAAAUACCCGUGUUGAGCUUUUCUACACGUAUUGAUUUUUGAGCAUUUACGAUGUAAAGUUCAAUUUAAAUUAAUCAACUUUUUUCUUUAAUCUGAGUUUCAGGCUGGGCGCACCAACAUCGUGCACACCAGACUUUUCAGAGCUGGGAGGUCGGUCUAAGCUGUUCUAUCUCUCAAACUGCUCUAUGGAUAACAUUACAAACUUUCUCAGAGAGCUCAAACGAAAGAAUAUUAGCCAGGCAAGAGAAUGUUUCCGCAAAAAGUACAACAGCUCAGUCUCAUCGAACUUCUACUACGUCCUGCCAGGCAGGAUUGCAAAGGAAGACGAGUACUGCAAGAAAGUUGGAGAUUUGAGGAAGGAACCACGAGACAGGGGUCUCUGCAGUCGACUGACAACACAGCGGGUAUACGAGAGGCCCGAGGUAAAAAAUGUAACCCAUUCAAGAAAGAAACCGUGCAUCUUCGACUGCUGCACUGUUUCGGAUAAUCAGCGGCAACUUAUAUUUCAAACCAAUUUGGCUUUCGAUGGCAAGCCCUGUGGAGAAAAAGGCGACGGAAAAAAGUGCUUCUACGGCAUGUGCAUAGACACGAAACGCACCGGAUGACAAGAGACGAGAAGCUCGAGAUGCAUUUCCAGACUCAAAGCUGAACAUUUGAAAUCACUCCUACGCUAUAAGGAGAAAUGUUUGCAAUGAAAAUAAUAAAGUGAAAGAAAAUUCCUAAACAGUG